AGUUUAGCUUGAUAGCACCGUCAGUGCAGGAGUGAAUACCUUCAGGAAUUAAUAUCCUAAGUGCUGCACAUUUAUGUCACGGUAACCAUGUCACCAUCAUGGUGAGAUGUGAGCAGUGCAUAGGCUGAGAGAGGACACAGGCGUAAUUAUGUAAUAGGGUGUCCUAAACAUCAGCUCUCCACCCUUGUGUAGCUUCAAUCCUAGCCCAACCAUCACUCUAGAUCUUCAACCCUAACCCAGCCCUCAGCCCAUAACAUGGGUGAGAAUGGUGCCAUGGAACAAUCUUGUGUGGGAAAACAAAUCAUGAUAAAUAUCCUUCCUGGGAAAUGUUUUAUCAAGAUUAUGUUACAAUGAGUGAUUCAAUUGUUAAGAUUGAAUCUCUCAUUGUAAAUUACAUUGAACUAAUUACCUUUAUUUAGCAGAUAUCAUUCUUAUCCAGAGUGAACUUUUGUUCGGGAACAUGAGGGCAUUGUCACGAUUUAUAUGGGUUAUAGUGCCAGACUUGUCAAACAAUAUUCCUAGCGAGUAUAUACAGGUCUUGCAAAAGUAUUCACUUUGAAAGUUAUCAGUAGUAUAAGUAGUAUUUUUCUCCGUAAAUUUUGAAACCCAAAUUUAGUUAUUUGUCAGCUGAUAUAUUAAGCAAAUGAAAAACUUAAAUACGCUGCUUGCAUAAGUAAUCAAACCCUACACAUUAAUAUUUGGUAGUCACCUUUUACUGCAAUAACAGCUUUACGUAUUUUUGUAUCACUCAGCUUUGCACACACUAUUUGGGAAUGAUUUUGUCCAUUACUUUCAUAUAUAUUUUAUUUUUCAUCUGUAAAUUUGGAGCUGACAAACUUUUACUCUUUUUUUGUAACAUAAAGCCAAUGUCAUGAGUUUCAGGGUUUUUUUUUUUGUUUCAAAUAAAAUAUAGCAGAACUAUAUUUUAAUGUAUCAUUUUUAAUUAUGUUUGAAUACCCGACGCGGAGGUCCGAAGCGAAGCCGAUGAACUUAAAUAGGAUACACUGGGGAUUUAUUUAUCUUCACACGGCUACAAUAUGAACUGAUAUUACAAGUUAGCGAACGUUUUUAAAGGGCCAUGACCUCAUCCCGAAUGUUCGGAAACAACAACGCAGCGUUUUAAGUAAUGUUGACGAGAUGUCAAAAACCGUGUCCUUUAAUUAGUUCGAACGCAACUAUUUUAUUUGGUUAUCAAUUUUAGCUAUCAUGCUGGUCAUAACAUCAGUUACUGCGGAUAUAAACGUACAAGCUUGUAAUAAUUCAGUAACUAAGUUUUGUAACGAUGCAUGUUUGUUUACAAACUAGUAACCUUAGUUAUCGAACAUCUGUGGCAACAAAAUGCAAAAUAAAGUACGUCACAGUAAAAUAACAAGCUUGCAAUUUUUAUUUUACAAUGAUGUCACAGACGUAAAUGUACACUUAAUAUGUGCUACCAAUUCAUUUUUGAUCACAAUUACACCAGAUCUAUGAACAGGACAAAACACGGCGAUCAGUUACCAAAAUGAACUUUAAGUAUUCAUUGUUGUGCUGUUGUCUGGUAAGUACUAAUCUUUAUUUUUUAUUGUCCAUGUUAUUCCCAUAAUGUACCAUUAGUAUCAGUUGGUCAUAAGUCGGGUCUUUUGCACAAAACAAGACCUGGGGUAACUUUAAUAUAAAAUAAAGUGCCUAUUUAAAAAUAAUUCAAUACAAACAUGUAUUUUCUAAAUAACAUUUUUACAUUUAGAGUAUGUCUGUUAUGUUUUAUCUUGGAAUUGUUUGGGAUAGAAUUUAACAUAAUUAGAAGUCACUAAUAGUUAAAACAUCACUGAGUAAAAUGCAUUUUAACUAUGAUCAUGCAUUACUGUUAGUGUUUUGAGGUUUUAAACUGCCUGUAAAACAACAGUCCUCAUUCAGUUGACACGAGCAUAGUCUAUUGUAUUAUGUAAAAGGCCUUCUCUUGUGUCAAGAAAACAUCCUGAUACAAUUUCUCAUUUUUUAAACACAUGUGGGGGUAGUGGAUAAUGAGGAGAAAUGUGGAUAAUGAGGAGAAAAAGACCAAGAAAAAAGGGAAGAAAGGAAGAAAGGCCCAGUCAGCGUCAAUAGACCAGCUGACCCAGAACAACAACUGCCCAGAGAAGACAGCUGUUAACAUCAGCUGCACAGUGGAAACUGCCCUUACCAUCGGCUGCGUAGAGAAAGAAAGCCCUCACCAUUGGCUGCGUAGAGAAGAAAGCCCUCACCAUUGGCUGCGCAGAGAAGACAGCCCUCACCAUCGGCUGCGCAGAGAAGACAGCCCUCACCAUCGGCUGCGCAGAGAAGACAGCCCUCACCAUCGGCUGCGUAGAGAACACAGCCCUUACUAUCGGCUGUGCAGAGAAGACAGCCCUCACCAUUGGCUGCGUAGAGAACACAGCCCUUACUUUCGGCUGCGCGGAGGAGACAGCCUUUACCAUCGACUGCGCUGAGGAGCCUGCUGCUACCAGUGACUGCGCAGGGGAGCCAGCAGUUACCACCAGCUGCCCAGAGCUCACUCUUACUACUGAAUGUGUAAAAGAAGCAGUCCUUACCAUCGACCUUACCAUCGCAGAGGCACAAACUGCUUCCAGUGACUGUGCAGAGGAAACAUCUUUUGCCAUUGACCGCACAGAGGAGUCAACUCCUAGCACUGACUGCACUAAGCCAGAUCUUACCAUCGACAAUGCAGAGGAGCUGGGCAGGUAACCACCUAAACCAAGCUCUGACCCAUGACUGCGCAGAGGAGCCAAGCGGUACCAUUGACUGCGCAGAGGAGCCAAGCGGUACCAUUGACUGCGCAGAGGAGCCAAGCGGUACCAUUGACUGCGCAGAGCCAGUUAUCAUCGACUGCAUGGGAGAGCCAUGUCUCACCAUUGACUAUGCAAAACCAGCUCUUACGAUCAAUUGCGCUGAGGAAUCAGCUGGUAUCAUUGACUGCGGAGAAGACCAAGCUGUUACCAUCAUCUGCACAGAGCCAGCUCCUACCAUUGACUGUGCAGAGGAGCCAACUCCUGCUGUUGACAGCACAGGGGAGUUUGCUGAUAUCAUUGACUGCGCAGAGCUAUUCCUUACCGUCGACUGCACUGUGGAGACUUGCGCAGAUAACACAUCUUUUACCAUUGACUGUGCAGAGGAACAAGGUCUGACUGUGGCCAUCAACAGUGCUGAAGAGCAAGCUGUUGCUAUCAGCUGUGCAGAGCAGCCAACUGUUAUUAUUGACUGCAUAGAACCAGCUCUUAUCACUGACUGUGUGGAGGAGCCAGCGGGUGCCAUCAAUGGCACUAAAGAGCUCAAGCCCUUGCCACUGUUACCAGCAAUGACUCUGCUCUUACCAUCGAAUGCACAGAUGAGCCCGCUCCUACCAUCAGCUGUGGAAAGGAGCAAGAUCUGACCGCUGACUGUGCUGAGGAGCUUGCUGUUGGAAUCAACUGCAUGAAAGAGGCAGCUCUUACUAUCCAAUGCCUGGAGGAGCAAGCUCUUUCUGUCGACUGUGUACAGAAGCCAAAUCCUACCAUUGACUGUGCAGAGAAGCCAGCUCCUAGCAUUGACAGCCAAGAGGAGCUUUCUAAUACCAUCAACUGCACCAAGCUAUUUCUUUCCAUCAACUGUGCUGAGGAGACUUGCACAGAUACGUCGGCCCCUACCAUCUGCGCAGGCCCCUACCCUGCGCAGAAGAACAAGGUGUGACUAUCGACUGUGCAGAGCCAGCUGCAGCCAUCACCUGUGCUGAGGAGCAAGCUCUUAGCAUCAGUUGCAUAGAGAAACAAGCUGCUACAAUCAAUUGCAGGAGAGAGGCAGAUCUUACCAUCGACUGGGUAGAGGAAGCAGCUCCUAGUAUCAACUGCACGGAGGAGCCAACUCUUACUCUCAACUGUGCAGCAAACCCAGCCCUUACCACAGAGCAACUUUUCCAGACAUUCGACUGUGCAGACCGGGAAGAACAAAUAAAGAAGAAAAAGAAAAAGAAGUGGUCAUUGAAGAAAGGAUGGAAAGGGACGAUGGAAAGUCAGCGUCUGCAGUGAAAACGGUCCUGCCCACUGAACGCACAGAGGAUCCAGCAGAGCAGGAUUUUGCCCUGAACACUGAUGGCGCAAAACAGCCAGGACGUACCAUCAGCUGUGUAGAGCAGCUGUCCCAUAUCCACAGCGGAGACGACCCAUUUCUUAUCACCCACUGCACAGAGGAACCAGCUCAUUUCAUUUCCUGCGCAGAGGAAUCAGCUGGGGAAUCUGCUGGGGAACCUGUUGCCACCAUCAGCAGUGCAAAAGAACCAGCUGUCACCAUCGACCACGCAGAACAACCUGCUGUUACUAUCAGCUGUGCUGCACCAGUUCUUACCACUGACUGCACAGAGCCAUCAUCUCUGACUGUUGAUCACAUUGACCAGGAAGAACAGAAGAAGAAAAAUAAAAAGAAAUGGUCGUUAAAGAAAGGAAAGAAAGGGACCAAGGCAAAGUCAGUGUCUCUGACUGUCGACUGCUCAGAAGAGCCAGUCCUCACCCUCAACUGCACAGAGCAGGUAUUGGCACAGAACAUCAGCUGCGCAAGACAGACACCAGCCCAGGACCUCAACUGUGCAGAGCAGCCGGGUCUUACCGUCGACUGCAUAGAGAAGCCUGCUCUGGCCAUUGACUGCGCAGAACAACAAAGGCUGGAAUUCCCAGGCCGUAGAAAGCUCCAGUUAGAACACUUCCGCCAGGAUGAGACCCAGAGUCAGAGGAACACGACUGAUCACACUGUCCUUGGGUUCCCUAACAUCGGGAACACAUGUUACAUGAAUGCAACUCUCCAGAGUCUGUUCAGUCUCCGAAUCUUUACUCAGGACAUCAGGAGAGAGGAAGGCUGCUGGAGGUCACAUCUUACCACACAUUUACUCAAGUGUCUUGCAGAUCUGCAGUCAGCACAGGCCAGCUACAGCAAGAGCACAAGGUCAGCCUGCUGAAGACCCUGAAACAGACCAUCGCAUCGUACUGCAGCGACUUCUGUGGGAAUGAGCAGCAGAUG